AUGAAGGCUUGGAGUGACGAAUGGAGGUGCGCGCGGCUGCAGCUGUAUCUCCGCGAUGAGGAGCUCUUCCAAGGAGAGACUGUAAACGUGCAAGUCAAUGCGGACGUGAUGCCCAUAUCCAGCAGCUCUAAGGCUGCUUUUACUAAGAAUACAACCCAAAAAACGACAGAUCAAUUGCUUAAUCGGUGGAGAGAACAUUGUGAAGGUGCUAGGGUGCAAGUUCAGGUCGUGGAGGUCUCAGAAACCGAUCCCCACGCUAGCAGCUCCACUCCAUCAUCCACCACGUUAUUCCGGCAAGAAACGCAGAUUUCUCAUGUGUCAGUGACCCAAUCGGAGAACGGAAGUGCGCCUACCGUGAAGCUUAAGGCUCAGUUCGACCUCAAAAUCCGUCACGAGUUCUGGGCAAGAGAAGUGCUACUCAUUGUGCAUAUUAUUCCAAAGAGCACCAUAGUUGGCGCUCCUGGAGACGUCAGUGACGGGAAACAUGGAUCUUUCGAGCCCAGAGGAUCACUGGGGACCUCACUGCUUCGAGACGAAUGGGCAACCUCCCAACUACUGUCCCUAACGAGAGAAGAAGCUCAGCCGACACCCGUAAUGACUCGUCGUGUUGAGAAGCACGUUGUCGUGACGAAGCCGUUGCAACUUGAGGUCGAGACCCGUGAGCUGGCGACGCGACGUGUGGGGAUCUUGGCUCGAGCUUUCAACGCUCACUCGACGUUGGCGUUAGCUGUGCGAGACUUGCAUCUUCAUCUGGACCAGUCGUUACGGCACAACGCGUCAGGCAGAGACACGACUCGCUUCCGCGUCGUGAGUGGCGAUAAAGUGCCGUUUCCAGUUGUGCUUCAACCCCAAGAGCGCUUCAACUUCCUCUUCGUGCUGGAGCCAGUAGAGAUAACCACGCCAGACGAGGCUCUCGAGGGGCCAGAAGGCGACGAUAACAAGCACGCGAAUAGCAACACGCAGAAGAAAAACAAGUCGCCCCUAACGCGUUGUUCGACGGUAUCAACUCUAUUAACGCUGUCCUGGCAAGCAGCAGUUUCCAUGGAUGCUAUCAUGGAGAAUCGUACGAUCGUGUGGUCUCCACCGCGCUCGUUUUUCUCCCUCUCAAGUGAUGACGUCCAAAAGCUCAUGACGUAUGCGCAAGCGGGGAAUAUGAAGAAAGAUGCGAAAUCCUAUGCGGAUUUCAAAUGUGUGCGUCUUCUUCCAGACUCAGCAUUGCGAGCUACAGUAUCACCUCUUUCUUCCAGUUUAUCGGUCGGAAACGCAGUCACAGUGUGUGUGACGGUGGUAAACCGCUCUACACGCACCGAUUUCGACUUGACACUGGUGCUCCCUUCGCAAAACGAAGAUGUUCCUGAUACUAGGCUUGAUGUGGUGGGUUUCGAAGCUUCUCAUCGCUUGGGCUUGAUUCGCCCGGGUACAAGCGUCAGACGAAGCUUGCACGUAGCUUUUCUCCGCUCGGGCAAGUGCCAGCUGGGGCCUCUGGUGCUGGUGGAUCACUUGACACGAACUUGCUACAUAUCUGACGACUGGGAGGUUUUCAUCAAAAACUGA